UUUAUCUUGCUAUUUUGAUUGUUUCUUGGGCUGUAAACAAAGACGGCCGUAUUGACUGAAAACUCAUUCAAUUCCAACUCUUGGGGUUUCUAUUUAUACGAGCAAAUUCCAGUAUUCUUCAGUUUGAUUGCAUAAAAGCAUGGCUCUUAGAAGCACAGGCAAGAGCUGGUUCAAACAUUUCCAAUAUGAUGAAGGCAGAGACUCGCCAAGCGACGUCCGAAAUAUUCUCCUGAUAGUUGCCACCCUCAUAUCGGCCGUGACCUUCCAAGCUGGGGUCAAUCCUCCCGGUGGGGUAUGGCAAGAUAAUGGCAAUGGACAUUAUGCAGGCAGAGCCAUUUAUGCAUCUCAAACAGUACCCUUCUACGUUUUCUUGAUCUCGAACACCCUCGCUCUUUCCGCCUCAGUACUUGUCAUCAUCUCUCUCACCUACAGGUUCCCCUUCCAUCUCGAAGUCAUCGUUGCCACGAUCUCAAUGAUCGUGACUUAUGCUUCCGCGGUUUUUGCUGUUACUCCGCGUGAGUUCGUGAAGUUUCGUUAUGUCAUGGCUGCAGCUGCAGUCCCUUUUGCAAUUCGGUGUUUGAUUCAGAUGUUCAAUAAGUUUAGGAAGGAAUAGGCGAUGGAGGAACGACUGUAUCAAGCUUGCUCGCCAUCAACCACAUGCCUGUGGAAAUAUGGGUUACACCCAACGUGAAAUGAAUAAUUGUAACAUGCUUGGGAACAUUUCCUUGAUCAUUUUUCCAAAAUUUGUAUUCCCUUCUGCUUCAUUUCCUUCUUUUCCCUUUGAUAACUUGGAAGAUCUGCCAAGAUUUUUUGAUAAGGGGAAUCAUCAUGUGUAGACUUUAAUUACUCUAAUAUUUGCCACCAAACAAACGAAAGCACCUUGAUAUUUCGUGGGCUGUCAAUUGUGAAAUGAGUCCCUGUCAUGUUCGUUAGUUAAUUUAAAGAGUAGAGGUUUGAAUUCGUGCU